CGAUUCCCUGAUUCCCCGAUUCCUCCCCAAACUGAUCCCCCGAUCCCCUGACCCCACAGUUCCAUGAGCACACAGCUUGAGCACCCCCUCGUCCCCACGGGGCCGCGGUGGGGAGGAAGCCACCGGCUUCAUCCGGGGCCAGGGGGGCGGCGAGAGGAAGCGGUGGCUGCUGGCACCCUGCGACGGCGCGAAGCCGCGGGUCCCCUCCCCGGAAGGAAGGCGCUGCCGGGGCCCAGCACCCCGCUGCCGGGACCCCUGCGGUGUGGGGUUAGGGGCUCCCCUCUGCCCCAUCCCCUCGGCACCCCAAAUUUCCUGACGCCGCAGCCCCCUGCCCGCGCAGAGCCGCCCGCUGCCAUGCCGGUGACCGUGACCUUGGCCGGCCCGGCCCCGUGGGGCUUCCGCAUCACGGGGGGAAGAGAUUUCGGGAAGCCCAUCACCGUCUCCAAGGUGAUGGAGCAGGGGAAGGCGGCCGCGGGCGACCUCCGCCCGGGGGACGUCAUCGUCUCCAUCAACGGGGAGAGCGCGGCCGAGAUGCUCAACGUGGAGGCGCAGAACAAGAUCAAGCAGAGCCCCGGGCAGCUCCGGCUGCAGGUGGAGAGGUUCCCGCUGCCCUCUCCCAGCCACACCAACGGGGACAGCUCUCCGGACAGGCUGGCCGCGCGCUUCCAGGACACGGUGAGGAUGCGGGAGGAAGGCUCCUGGAGACCCCCACCCUUCGCCCCCCAGCCCGUCAGCCCCAUCUCCCCCAGCCCAAGGCUCGCCAAUGGCCGGGGCGAGCUGGGGCUUGGUGGCCACGGCUCCCAGCCCCUGCCCAGCGCGCCCGAGGAGCUGCCACGUCCCGGCCUGCCCCAGGAGCCAGGAAGCCUGAGCCACCACAACAGCUCCCCGGGGCCUCUCCUGCCUCCUUCCCCCCAGCCACCAUCGCCACCCAACCUCUGGGAGAUGGGCAGGGAGCAGCGCCUGCCUUCGCCCUCCCCCGGCCCCCGCAGCAGCCCGGGCCCCGAGCCGGCCAUGAGGCGCUUGGAGGAGGACUCGGAGGUGUACAAGAUGCUGCAGGAGAACCGGGAGCUGCGGGCGGCCCCGCGGCAAUCCAGCACCUUCCGCCUGCUGCAGGAGGCUCUGGAGGACGAGGGAGGAGCCGGCCCUGCAGCUCCCUUCCCCAGCCGGCUCUCGCCCAGCGCCCGCAAGCCGGUGGCCGGCGUCCAGAAGCUGCACACGUGCGAGAAGUGCGGCAGCAGCAUCGCGACGCAAGCGGUGAGGAUCCAGGAGGGUCGCUACCGGCACCCGGCCUGCUACGCCUGCUCCGACUGCGGCCUCAACCUGAAGAUGCGGGGACACUUCUGGGUGGGCGACGAGAUGUACUGCGAGAAGCACGCCCGCCUGCGCUACCAGGGCGCUCUGGGGGGGCCCAGCGCCCCCCCUGCACCCACCCCAUCCUGAGCCCCCUCUGCCACCCGCGUCCCCUGCCGCCGCGGGGAGCAGAGGGCACCCGCGGCACCCCGGUGGCCCCGCUGCUUUGGUGGG